AUUUGGCAGUGAACGCCGCGGCCUGAAAACAGGAAUCAUCUUCAAUAACCAGAUGGAUGACUUUUCCUCUCCCAACAUCACCAAUUCAUACGGAAUUUUGCCGAGCCCAGCAAACUUCAUUGUUCCUGGCAAGAGACCCUUGUCUUCCAUGUGUCCAGCCGUGCUUAUUGCUGCAGACGGCAGUGUCAGUCAAGUUCUUGGUGCUGCCGGAGGCUCAAAGAUAACUACAGCUACAGCUUGG